AUGGGUGAAGACUCGAGUCUACCUAUUUAUUGGAGUACUUGCCAGGAAAAGCUACAGAAAAAUCGACUAUGGCAGAUCUCGACGAAUCUACAUGUGCUGCUUGCGAGCAUCAUUACAGCAUCUUAUAUCCCCGUCGUAUCAGCAGCGAACCAAAGCGGUGAUGACUUCAGCAAUAAUCUUUUCAGCGAUCUGGCACCGAUACUUACGCUCUUUGGCGAGCAUGUGGCAAAGCAGUUUAUGGCAGGUUCACUAGGAUGGGCAGACAACAUACUUUUUGCAAUGGCCCCUUUGGGUAUCAUUACCGCCAUUGUCGGGGCUAUCAGAAUUGGCGGCCCUGCAUGGUUGAAAGCCAUUAUCGGCAGAGCACGAGAACACAUCGCGACUGCAGAGGUUGAGUUGACAACGUCAGUGUCAUCAGACGCAUGCGAGCUUUGGAACGGAAAAGCAGUCGUACGGCUUUCGGGGGAGCCCAAAAUUACUGAACUUGUAUACUUCCCCCAACUGGGGGAUCAGCCGGAGAAAAGCUGGUAUUCCGUAGCUGCGGCAAUGGAACAGGGCAAGCUGUCGGUGAUAGAGGACAGGUCAGCUCACUGGUCCAUCUCAAUCGCGCCGAAGCCGCAACUCCAGACUAGAAAAGUUUCCGAGAGUUGCGGUUCUUCUUCGACUCUGAAAGACGAGGAAAAUGUCUCUAAUGCCCAAACCAAGCUUUACCCACACGGCCAGAAGACCAGGUCAUUCCCUAAUAUUUCUCUCAACCUGAGCGAUCGAAGAAACACGGUGGAGCCGCGAGCAUUUGCUAUAUUUGGCUUUUUAUUGCAGAGUCAAGUACGCGCGAAACGGUGUGGAAGACCACGAUUGGCACGCGAAACUUUCGCAUCUUAUGGCUGCAGCGAGGGGAGAACGUCAAUGACCAAGUUGAGAUCCUACGUGCGUCGCGGCAUGGCGAAGGCUCCUCGCAGCCAGAAGCUCCCGCAUGGGCGGGAGCUCGACUGGCUCGCUACUCGAGCUGCCAGCGGGAAAGAUCAAGACAGGAUUUGGUCGACGGAUCCAACAGAUGACGACGAUUCGAUCUGGACUGAAGGAUGUUGGAAAUGGGGUGUAAUAGCAGUCUCCGACCCGAUGGGCCAUCGCUUUAAUCCGCCCACUACUGCAGCAACCCGCUCCGACGAUGUCGUUCGGAUAAGACAGCGCAUUGGAGCGUUGAUCAAAUGGACAACAACGACAACCGACCUGGCUACCUCUCUUGCAGGCUCCAUUGAAGCUGUCAUGAAUUCACGUUUUGCGCCUGAUAAAUGGAAGGAGAAACGAGAGCUGAGAUGGGCCGUACAGGGUCAAGAUUGCGGAUCGAUCUUUCUAUCAUUGCGAUACUAUAACGGUCGUUGGAUAGCCAACGCCGCAGAAAUUGAUGCCGUCUUAUCCCUGUGGGUUUAUGCUGCUGAGACGGAAGACAAAAUCGUCAAGCAAACCGCGGAGAAAGCAGCCAGUAGUGAGCUACCGGACGAUUGGGCAACGGCGGGCGGAGUUGACUGGCUUCGAAGUGGACAUGAAGCCCUCAGGCCGCAAUGUGUCCGAUUACUUGGACACGCAACACCAAGCUAUAUCCGUGAUUUAACUUGGUACCUUGUUGAUGGGACCUCAGACGUUGUUAGGGCAAAAGAGCUUUUGAGCGGUGAUAGCCCCGGGCUUCCCGAACCCAAGCUAGCGUCUGUGAAGGGCAUGCCGAACGACGAUACCCAGAAUAGGAUUGUUGAGAUCGAAGGCAGGAGAGUAGUGGGUUUCUGCCUCAAUGACCCUUGGAAAAAGAGCAAGUCUCGUCCUGCUAAGAGAAGGUUUCGUUUGUCUCCACUGCCUGCAGACAUCGACACGCCUGCUCCGAUUGCGGCGAGCCCAGCGCCAGUGGCAGAGUACCUUGCUACAGUGUCAGAUUUGCCGAUAGAAAAGCUUUAUGCGCGAGAUUUGUUCUCGGUCUUUAUAUGGAGCGUGGCAAGCGGCAUGGAUCAACUCGGAGGCGAAACAAGAGCCCAUCCACAGCAAACCCAGCCAUCAGGGACCGAUCAAUUGCGAUCAAUCCAGCUUUGGAACUCGAUCCUGGCAGAAGUUGCAUACGCUGUCAAAGUGCAUGGAGGUGGGAUCUUUGAAGGCUUAAAUGACAUCUAUCUCAGUAUCAUUUCGCCUCUCAGUUGGCAUCGAAAGCUCCCUGAGCCGUCUUGCAUCUUAGACCACGCGAUGCGUAUCGCUGGAGGCUACGAGGCGGUUGGUCAUUGGAGCAGAGCCACGGAUGUCUAUGUCUGGCUCUUUCGGACGUGUAUGGCUUCUGACAACGACGACCCUAUCACCAAAAAGGCUACUGCAGCUCUAUAUGAGUUUACUCAUAGAGUUGGAAAUAGAAUCGAGCUCUGGACGCGGCAAUGCCGAAAUGUUAAGGCUACUAAACUACUCGUCGAAUUCAAAGCUUGCAUGGACAAAGAGCUGACUCUCGCUGAUGAGAGAGUAGUUAGCGGUUUGGAUGCGGUCUUUGACCUUCAGAAACGCUCGAAUGUAAAUUCCAUCUCAAUCGUGUAUGAUGGGCUUCCGCUUUAUAAUAUGAUGUUCCAUUGGCUGUCAAAUGAUGAGUGGCUUGCUUCAGAUGCAAAAACUAAAGUUGACAUUAUUGGACCCACAGCUCUUCAUUAUUCUGUGAUCAUGGAGUACGCCGAUGGCGUUGAGAAGUUGUUGGGGCACGGAAACGACCCAUGCACCAGUGACCUGGUGGGAUGGAUACCUCUACACUAUGCAGCACUUAUCGGCGUUGAAGACUGUGUUAGGCACCUCUUGGGCAAAUGGGAUCCCCAAGCCCAAGUGAAAGCGCGAAGUCUGUGUGGAUGGACACCGCUGCAUUGUGCGGCUUGGGGAGGCCACGCUUCAAUUGCAUGGGCCUUGUUGCAAGACGGUGCAGACAUUGACUUGCAAGGCAGAGAUGGCAUGACAGCAUUGCACUGCGCAGCAGAGAAAGGCCACAGUUCAAUUGCAAAGCUCCUGAUUGAGGUGGGGGCAACUGUCGAUAUUCUCGACAACUGUCGCUCAACGCCGCUCCAUUGGGCGGUAUACUAUGGCCAUGAGGAGGUCGUGCAACUCUUAGUCAAGAAGAGAGCAAACACCGCUGCCCUCGAAGCAAAUGGAAUGACCCCGCUGCAUUUGGCCGCAGUUUCAAAUGCCCAGGUGGAUAAUGUAUUCGAGAUCAUUGCCCAUUUAGGAUGGAAUAUGAAGGAUUUGGCCAUCAGUGACAGACUCGGACUCACACCGCUGCAUCUGGCGGCUAUUACGGGGAAGAUGGCUUUGGUGGAGCAUUUCAUAUCGAACGGCGCAGAAGCCAGCCUUGUGGACAGGCAAAAGGCAACGCCGCUGCACUGGGCAGCGAAGAAGGGGCGCUAG